AUGGCUGAUUUAGAUGAUGAUGAUCUUGGUGGUGAGGGACCGACAGGGCCUCCAGCCUCAGGGAGUGGAGGACCAUCAGUUGGACCGCAGCUUCCUCAGAUGAGCACGAAUCCGUUUUCGCCAUCGGCAGGUGGUUCAGUGCCAAAUCAGGUAGUACUUGAUGUUGCUCAGUUUCAGCAGAUCCUGCAGACAAUGCAAGGCCAAAGUCAGGCUGUUCUUGCAGCGGCAGGUGUAGCGAGUGCAGCGUCCCCGAGCAGGAGUUCAGGGACACAGGGCUUUAGUGAUGCAAACCGCAUCUUGAAUAGGCCCGCAUGUUUUGGAAGCACUUCGCAUGACAGUGACUUGGGGUCGUGGCUUGAUUGGGCACAUGCCUUUAAGGCUUGGCUUAUCUUCGCCGACCCUCAGUAUGAGAUUGAGCUUCAGACAGUCGAGUCAAAUCUUGAUGUAGAGAACCCCACCAUGCCAGCUGAAACUGCAGAGCGGUCGCGCCGCUUGUAUGCGAUACUUAGCAGUCUGCUGCAGCACAAGCCGAAGAUGUUGUUGCGACAAGUGCCGAACCGCAACGGCUAUGAGACUUGGCGGCAGCUGGUCAACAUCUACGCACCGCGAUCGAAAGUGCGAGGACUUGCACUGCUGAAUGCCAUCAUGUCAUUUCCCCCGUUUGUGAAAAGCAAAACGACCAGGGAGCAGGUUGACGGUUUGGAUCGCCUUGCCCAGGAGUAUGAAAGGGUCUCAGGAGUGGCUGUGAAUCCAGAUAUUCUCCUCGGGACUUUACUUCGGGUUUUGCCGGCGCACUUGAGAAACCACAUUCAGCUUCAGAUGAAAAGUGACACCAGCUAUGAGCAGGUCAAGCAGUUCAUUCUGACAUAUGAAGUGACGACCAGCAAUUGGUCGGCGUCCAAAGUGCAGCAAAGCUUAGGAAUAGGCCCCUCGGGUGACCAUAGUGCCAGUGAUCCCGUACCCAUGGAUGUAGAUAGGGUCGCUAAGGGGAAACCUAAAGGCGGCAAGGGCGAUGGUCGUGGAAAGGGUGGAAAAGACAAAGGUGGAAAGGGCGGCAAGCCCAAUGGCGGGAAACCGAAUCCCGGUGGCGGUGGAGGCAAGUCUCAGAAUGCCAACCAGCCGAAAGGCGGCAAAGGAAAGGGAGGCAAAGCACAAAAGGAGACGCGAAAGUGCCAUCACUGCCAUAAGGUUGGACAUCUUGCCAAGGAUUGUUGGCUGCUGCAUGGCAAAGGCAAAGGCAAAGGCGUGCAUCAGGUUGCAGAGGUAAACCCUUCAAGUGCAGCGAGCGAGGCACCCACCAUCACGACAUCAGGUGGAGCGGCCAGCACGAGUGGAACAGUGCGGCGAGUUCAGGUGUUUGACUUGAGUGCGCCCGCUGACUGGUUCAUUGGAGGGCAUGUUCGUGCUGUCACAUGUGCCAUGCAGUCAGCUCGGAAUCCCAAGGCAGUUCAGAGCCCAGCAGGUCCCAGUGGCCAGGUUGCGAUCGGCCAGGCGUGCAGCAGCGACAUUUUGUCACCAGAAUUUCUUGAGAUUGUCCGAAUGCUGGAAGGUUCAUGUUUGAACAGUGCAGAGCCAGUGCGCGUUCUUGAGAGUAGCGAUGCAGUCAGCUCGGAAUCCCGAGGCAGUUCAGUCCCAGCAGGUCCAUUUUAUUUUGAUCAGAGCACAGUGCCACAGGUGUCCCAGGCUGCGCCAGCAGCAGAUCAGAGCACAGUGCCACAGGUGUCCCAAUUUGACAUUUCGGCCGAUGAUGAUUCAGGAUCGUGGGAGCACGGAGUUUCUGUGCAUGAGCUCAGCACUCUCAAGCGCUUGGAGCCCAACAAAGGCUUUGUGUAUGCUGUUCAGACAAUCCAAGAGUUGCCCUCAGCUGACGAUGCCCUGGAUGUGAUUUUGGAUUCAGGUGCAGACAUGAGUUGCUUGCCUCUUGAGUAUGCACAACAUGGUUUCGACCACGGUCCUCACAACUUGCAACUGCGUGAUGCGCAAGGCGAGCCGCUUGCUGUGAACGACCUUCGUGAAGUUGAGUUUGUCGUUGAGAGCAGCACAGGGGAACAUGUGGUGUGGCGAGAAGUUUGUGCGAUCGCCCCAGUGACUCAGCCUCUCUUGUGCAAGGGCAAGCUCAUGAAAGCAGGUUGGUGGCCCGUCAGACAGCCAGACAUGGCUCUUGAGCAUGACAGCGGUGUGAGGGUUCCGAUUUCUUUCAAAGGAAAUUCCUUGUGCGUUCGAGCAAGCAUUUUCAGGGUUGGCCAAGAAUCCUUGAGUCCAGCAGGGCAUGUGAUGUUUGUCCAAGCAUCAGUUUGCAAUGAAAUGGCCGAUGCGAAUUUUGGAUGGCAAAUGUCAGGCACGGGAAACUUGUACUUUCGUGGCAGGAGCACUCACUACAUUGAUCCGUCGAUCAUUGCGCCAGUGGGGUGGCCCUGCAGAACCACUUUGGUCAAGCCGUGCACACCUGAUCAUAAUGCCUGGAUUUUGCUUGAGCAUUGCGUGCACUGGGGUGAGUUGCGAGAGCUUGCGGCCAUUUUACCGCACGGAGAAAGUGAUGUAGUAUGCAUCCUCUCUUCGUCACGUGAAGAGUUGUCCGAGUUUGGAGUGGAACCUCACAGAUCAACGCAAGGGCACAUUGAUUGGUCUGGCCCGCAACCUGGAGACCCAGAUGCUGAUGAGCUUGCAGAUUACGAGCCUUCCGAAGCCGACAUGCAGGACACUUCUGCUCCACAGUUGGUGGAGGCGAUGCCAGGUGUGCCUCAGGUCCACAGGGAUGUGGAGGUGUUGCCAGAUGCCGAGGGCGUCACAGGCGAGGCGCCAGUGCCAGGAAGCAGCAGUGACAUUCUUGUGUUUGAAGGCGUUGAGCUUUCCCUGCAGAGCACAUUGAGUGUGAUUCGUACGGCAUGCAAGUCGGCUGGGAUAUCCGUUUCAGGGAGCAAGCAGCGUUGCCUUGAUCGCUUGAGGGGUUACCUUGACAAGCAGCAAUUGGCCCUGAGUGCCGAAGUUGCUCAGACAGUCGGAGAUGACAGUACGCGUGAGCCGAAAGGGCAGUCCGUCACCAAGGCCCCAACAGAAGCCGAGAGGCAGUUGCAUGAGCUGACCCAUUGGCCAUUCCGGCCAUGGUGCGAUCACUGCAUGGCCAUGCGUGGUGUUGAGGACCGGCAUGAAUCACUGCCGGGGAGUGCCGACACUGAGGUCCCGAUCAUUAGCUUCGAUUAUGCCUUCACCAGUGUGUCAGGUGCCGAGGGCCAGGGCAAUGCAGCUAAGUUGACCGUUCUGGUUGCACAUGACACCAGCACCGGCAGUGUGCUAGGGCUUCCUGUUGCAAGCAAGGGGCGCGAGGAUCUGAAGUUCAGUGCAAUCGAGCUUACAAGGUUCGUGCAAGGCUUAGGCCACAACAGCAUUUUCCUUUGCUGUGACAAUGAGCCCUCCACGUUGGCUCUUCAAAGUCUUGUGGUCAAUGUUCGGACCAAGCUCGGGUUCAAAACCAUGAUCCGUGAUGCGCCGGUGCACUCGCAUGCAUCAAAAGGCUAUGUGGAGAAGGCCAUAGACUUGGUGAGAGGUCUCUCCAAUGUCUUGCUUGAUCAGGUGAGAGUCAAGUACAACUUGAGUGCUGAAACCAUCAGUGCAGAUCACCCUUUGAUGGCAUGGAGCUAUGUUCACGCAAGUUACAUCUUGAACAGGUUCGGAGUGAAAGGCGGAGCAACGGCAUUCGAGCGUGCCACUGGUUACCGUUUUGCAUCCAAGCUCGCCUGCUUCGGAGAACCGGGCGUCUGGCUGACACGAUCCAUCAGACGCAAUGCCAAGCCUUGGUCGGAUGAAGUGAACUUGAUUUUGGAAGGAAAGGGUUUCCCUUGGAAUUACCAGUUGGGAGUUCUUGGAGCGAAAAUUUUCCCACAGCCACGGAAUCGUGUUCCAAAGCCGGCCGAGGACGCUGAUGAGGUGUUUGAACAGCAGCAGAGUGCGCAAGUUGAUGUGUCAGGUGCCAGAGGUGAUGAGGCGCAGGCAGUUGCAUCAGGAAUGCCGAGUGUGGCGGGGAUGGCGGGGAUGCCUCCGCUUAGCAGCCAGCCACCGAACCCUGCACCAUCCUCCAGAGCCACAUUGCUUCUUGAUCGUCACGACAGAGGGAGUGCGAGUGUCCCAGGCAGUGUGCCAGCGAGUGUGAGACCUCCUCCUCCUGCGCAUGCUGCGGUGAAUGAGUCACCAAUGGAAGUCAUGGGGACCGACCCACCGACAUCCUCUGAUUCAUCUUCGUCUUCCUCUCCAGAAGCCUUGCCCACUCAGCCUGUGUUUGAUGACAGCACCAUGCUUGCUGAGGUGGUAGAAAGUGUUCGAGCAGGUGCCAGCACAGGUCGACAGGCUGAGGCAGAGCCAGAUGAGUCCCAUGCAGCAAAGUUUCAGCGGAUCGCCCGAGUAGGCCGUGAGGACUUCCCAAUCAAUGAUGAAGUUUUGGAGUCCGCCGCAGAAUGGGAAGAUGCAGCACAGUAUGUGCAGCUUGGAGAAGAUGCCGAUGCAGAGCUUGAUCCAAGCCUUACCGCUGAAGAGGCAAAGCUUCUUGAAGAUGAAGACCUUCUAUGGUUCGAGGAGAUCCCAAGCCUCAGUGACGAGGAGUUGUCAGCCUUGGAUUACGUGGCAGACACUUUUGAGGUGAAGCGACUUCUUGGAAAACAAGUCUUGGAGGAAGUCGGAGACAGCUUUGAUCUCAGUGGUUACAAGGAGCUCUCCACGAAGUUCGUGAGAACGUGGAGGCAAAAGAAACGGCAUGGGCGCAUGAUGUUCUUUCGUAGAUCACGCUUGGUUGCAAGGGAAUACAAGUGGAUGGAGCGUGACCGGGAAGGUUUGUAUGCCCCGGCGACGUCGUCGCUCACCACGAAACUUCUGCCAUGGCUGUUUUGCGAGAUGAACAGGCGUCAGGAAGGUGCAGCCACAGACGAUGAUCCCAUAGGCGUCGUGGCUCUUGACAUAAAAGAUGCUUUUCUUUGUGUCCCACAGGAGCGUCCCAUGCUGGCCAAGAUUCCGGGUUUUCCUAAAAGGAUGCGGUUCCUCAAGAUGCUGCCAGGGCAGAGAGACGGAACGGCCAGGUGGCAUUCGUUCAUCAUGGAAUACAUCCGCGAGAAGCACCAGUUGUCUGUGUGUGCUGAGUGCCCUUCCUUGUACAAGCUGAAGGAUGCGAAAGAUCGCUCCAAUCCGGGUGUGAUCCACGUCGACGACCUCUGCCUUGUUGGGUAUGUGAGGUGGAUCUUGCAGCAACUGGUUCCCAGUCUUGAAAGCACUUUUGAGCUGUCGUAUGAGGUUGCAUGCAAGCCCGGGGACAUCUUGGUGCCCGACACCAGCAAGCUGCUGGACAGUGCGAAGGCUGCGCGCUUUCGCAGCGCAAUCGGGAUUGCAAUGUAUGUGUCCCAGGAUCGACCCGACGUUGCCUUCACAGUGAGGAUUCUGUCUCAGAAGCUCCGAGAGCCGACAAUGCAAACUUGGAGUUCGGGUCAGAGGUUGGCAUCGUACUUGGCGUGCACCACAGGUUACGCAAGCAAGGUGCAUGCCCGAGGUGACAAGCUUAGCAUUCUUGAGCCUUCCGAUCCUGGUGGAGCGCAUGAUGGAGUGCUGCUGGAGGUGUUCUGUGAUGCAGACUGGAGCGGCAACAAGCAGAAUCGCCGCAGCAUGAGCAGCAGCUCGUUCUUUUUGAACAGCUGCUGCGUCUAUACUUCGUGUAAGAGCCAACGCUGCGUAAGCCUCAGUUCCACUGAAAGCGAAUUUUACGCCUUGGUGUCCGCGGCCUGCGACGGCAUCUACUUGAAAAGAGUUCUUGAAUACCUGCUUGAACUACCGGUAGAUCUUUUGAUGAGGACUGAUAAUGCAAGCUGUCGCCAGAUAUCUUUGAAGCAGGGCGUAUCAAAGAUCAGGCAUCUUGAUGGAAGGUUCCUCUGGGUGCAGGAGAAGACCGCGGAUGGUACACUGAAAGUUGGCUCAGUCGACGGGCGAUGGAACCCGUCAGAUCUUGGAACCAAGGUCCCGGCAACUGGGAGUCGCUUGAGAGCAUUGCUUUGCAUGCAUGACUUCGUUGACUGUGCCGGUGAUUGCAUCCAAGAGGUAGGCCGUGGCGACUAUGAUCAGUUGGUCGAGUCGUUGCAACACUGCAAGGACACAGCCCGUGUCCGGCGAUUGAUCAACAAGUCGCUGAAGACCAAUGGUUUGAGCAACAGCAAUCUUGUUUUGAUGAUGGUGAGCUUGAUUGCAGGUGCAGAUGCAAGUGGCACGAGGCGUGAUGUGAGUGUUCAGACAGAGCCAGAGGCAAGAUGGUUCAGCGUUUGGGUGACCGGUUUGGUCAUCCUCGUGUCUCUGUUGAGUGUCAUGCUGAGCCUUGAGCGGCUGCGGGCCGAUCGCCGCAGGGACGAUGCAAGCGCGUAUAGGACCACCAGUGCCGAGCCGAGCACGUCUGUGCCAGAGUAUGGGCGUUGGAGUGUGAUCACCGCAACCCUUUGCGGUGUGCCUUCGCUUGUGUGCUUGAUGCUCAUGAUGCAGCUACGCAAGUUGAGAUUCUUGCUUGUGACAGAAAGGCAUGAGACCGAUCGCUUGCAAGGAGUCAUCAAUGAAAUGGACUAUGACCGCAUGAUGUGGGCAGAGCACCAUGCACGUGAGGGUGCAUCAGCGUCAUCAUCAGGUGUACCGUUGCAAGUUGCAUCCCACAGUGGACGUGUGGGCGAUGUGCCAGUGCAUACGCCAGAGUUGCAUGUUUAUUGCACUGCAAGGCGAGGCAAAGCUUACCAUGCGAAGCGCGGAUGCACAUGCUUGAACAACGCUGAUGAGAUCCUGCGACUUGGCUUAGCAGAGGCCAAGGAACAUAUGCUCAUGAUGCAGAUGCAUUGGUCAUCUUUGUACAUAGUCAGCGGCGUGAUUGUUUUCAACUUCCCCGGUGAAGCAUUCCAGCUCAACCAGAACGCUCGUGCCGGGCGUGGCAUGAAGAGUUCUGGUGGUGCUUUGCAGCUGUGGCUGGAUGACGUUCCAAAGCACAGCCGGAGCACCUCAGCAGAUACUCCGCAGUAUUUCAGCGACAUCGAGUAUGCAGAAGAGCGUUCGUGCAAGAGGUGGAUGUUCCCAACAGAAGCGCUGGUUGCACAAGCGUUUCCGGUGCACCCGCACCAGUUGAAGGCUUUCAAGAAUGGCGGUGUCAAGCUUUGCAGCUUCCACCUAGAGCGGAACAAGACAGCACGGAAGGCAAGGUCCGUCAUCAAUCAGGCAGGGAACUCCAUGAACGUCAUGUGCACCUACAUCAUCCAUUUGCAUGGUGCUUCGUGCUGGAUCCAGACUUCAGAGACAGACAGGAUUGUGGCAGAAGUAUCGCUCUUCAACGAGUCGGUGAGGAGGGCGGCCAUGCUACAGAACCCAAGGGCGCGCAGCCAGGGCGGCGGCGGUGGCGCUGCCGACCACAGCCCACUCUUUCUCUCCGGCUGCAAAGUGGCGUUGGGAGGUGCUCAUAUCACUGCGCUCGUUGGCUCGGAUGUGACCGGUGCCAUGAGAAUCGAAAAGAUUUUUGAGAUCUUCGGUGACCCCAAGCAAGAGUAUCACGGCUGUCCAAUGCUUGGGUACAUCACGAUCCCGUGGUUCGACGUCGCCGACGGGAAACCAAACAUCAUCGCUGAUCCACUCAACAGACCUUUGCAGCAAUCGACCGUCAAAGAGUAUGAGCAACGACUGCUGAAAAGCGGUAUUGCUGGGGGUUGCAGCCAGCCUGUUGCCGCCAUAGCAGCCGUGCAGCUACGCUUUGCAGCACGAUGGGUCGGACUUCCAUGGCUCCGCUGGGGGAAGGGUCCCAAGCAACACAACUACCCUCUGCUUGCGCUCAGUUACAAUCAUCGCCGCGAGGCCCUGUAUGCUUGCGCAAAGCACUCGCCGGAGCAUCCGAUGGUGAAAAUGGCAUUGGAACAGGGAUUGCAAAGGUGCCGGGUCCUGUCAAAAGACACGCCAGACCACGUAGUGGCGUGGCUGGUGUCGGAACACAACCGACAUCACGUCGGAAGUGGCCAGACUGUCAUGGGGCAAGUCCACGAAGCUCUCAAGGCAGAAGCUGGCUGGCGCAGACGAUGCGCCGACCAAGGCAUUACCACAAAAAUGACCACCUAUCAACGACAGUACGAUCAGUGGGUGAGGCAGGAAUACUCCUCCAGUUUCGAGUCCAUCGCGCAGUUCCAAGAAGCCAAGUCCUUUGGGCACAGUCUCCAGACGUUCGAAUUGCUUGAGUCCUUCGAGGAGCUUACAGGCCCCCCUGGAGCCACCGCCUCAGCGCACGGAAUGGGUCCUGCGCCUUUCAUGCAGCCACCGCCUACAAACCCUUUUCAGCCAACGAGCCCUACCAAUGCUGGAAGUGAAAUUGCUAUGACAGCUGCCGACUUGAGAGUCCUUAUGCAACGCAUGUCGGAGGCCACACAGGCUGCCAGUGCGGCUGCUCAAGCCGCCGCUUUUGCAAGCACGGCCCAAGGUGCUCGACCUAUGGGUGUUGGAGAUCUGACCAAGGUGCUACCGAAGCCGGAUCCGUUCCGGCCCACUACGAGAGAUGAGGAGUUUGCGCAAUGGCCUCAGUGGAGCUGGACGUUUGAACAGUAUUUAUCGUGCUUGGAACCAGAGUUCAGCAGCGAGCUUCGUGAGUAUGGCCGGCAGCAGACAGCAGUGAUCUUGAGUUCUCUUGAUGAUGGUGCCAAGCGGCGGUCUCGGCUGCUGUACGGCAUGUUGAAUGGCCUACUGUAUGAACGCGGCAGGCGACUGUUGCGAUCUGUUCAGGAUCAGAACGGGUUUGAGGCAUGGAGACUGCUCAGCAAAGAUCUUAUGCCAAAGACCCGCAAUCGAGUUUUAGCUUUGCUGCGUACGAUCAACAGCUGGCCGUCUUUUGCGGCCCAACAAGGACUUGCCCAGCAGCUGCUGCGACUUGAAAGCGCCUUUGAGGAGUAUGAGCGCCUCGAGCCAGGCGGUCUCCCGGAGAACAACAAGAUGGCCACUCUCCUCAGUUGCUUGACAGGCCAGCUCCGUCAGCAUGCCAAUGUAGUCAUAUCUGACGACAGCACGUACAGUGAUUUGCGUGAGCUUGUGCUGCGUUGGGAUGGAGCUAACACGAAGUGGCAAACCAGUGUUGCUUCGAGUUAUGGCCUGAGUGAUGGAAAGAAAGGCUUGCAUGAUACCGGUAAGGACAAAGGUGGCAAUGCAAAGGGCAAUUGGCCCUCCGUGUGCAGUUGGUGCCAGAAGCCGGGGCACUACAAGCGUGACUGCUUUCAGUUCAAGGCCUACAUGCAAGGCCAUCAGAAAGGUGCCCGGCAGGUUCAGGCCAACUCUUCUGCAGCGUCCGAUGCCGGCACUAGCACGACUGCCCCAUCUUCUGCGAGUGCCCUUCAAGCCCAGCAAGGCAAAGCAGGACAGUCCACCGUUCGCCGUGUUGCGGCUGAGCCACUUGUUUUCGACAUGUCAGACCUGGAGGAUCCGUUUCCUUAUGAGCCCAAUGUCUGUAUGAUCACUGUGACUGCGCCACAGAGUUAUGCAAUGGAUUCCCAGGAUGAUGAUGACCAGUGGACCCUGCCUCCUGAUGACUAUGCUGUGCUUGACUUGGCGCCGAGUCCUGCUACUGCGUGUGUUCGAGCAGUGACUGACGCAGGCCAGUGUGUGAUCAUCGACUCGGGUGCCGACAUCUCUUGCAUCCCUGAGACUUUUCAGUCUUGUGGCCGUGCCGCUCGUGCACGACCGCUGCAGGUUCAAGAUGCCCAAGGGGGCGCGAUGAAGAUUCAGGCCGAACGGUUGAUAGAGUUUGUGCUGUUUGGUGGGCCCCGGCCCGUGGUCAUUCGUGAACGCUGCAUUGUGGCAAAGGUCACCCAACCACUGUUAAGCCUUGGACGACUCAUGCGUAAGGGAUGGUGGCCUAUUCGCCAAGGUCAAGGUGACAAUGCAGGCGCAGGUCCUAUGUGCUUGCGCCACCCACGGAGUGGUGCCGAGGUGCCCCUGCUGUUCAAAGGCUACUCAUUGGCCGUGAAUGCUCAGAUCCGUCGUGUGGAGCAUGAGGGCCAAGACUUGAUGUACUACAAUCCAGGUGCAGGUGAGGUCAACAACCACUCUGAGGACGAAGUGAGCGAGAGCGAGGUCCGUGAUGCCAACAGCCAGGUCCGUGAUGCCAACAGCCAGGUCCGUGAUGCCAACAGCCAACAGGUUCGUGAUGCCAACAGCCAACAGGUCCGUGAUGCCAACAGCCAACAGGUUCGUGAUGCCGACAGCCAACAGGUCCGUGAUGCCGACAGCCAACAGGUCCGUGAUGCCGACAGCCAACAGGUCUGUGAUGCCGCAUGCAGUCAUUCCCAGUUUCAGGUCACAGGUGAGGUCCAAGAGGUGUGCCCAAGCCAGGUGCAAGUUGCGUCCAUCCAGGUGCGUUUUGAGGCUAAGACGCUUGAGUCUCUCGAUUUCGGAUGGCAAGUCAGUUCGUCUGGUCACCUGGUGUGGAGAGGUCGCACAAGUAGGUUUGUCGAUCCGAGUUUCAUGGCGCCAAUCGGCUGGCCUCUCAGGAGCACCCUCAUUUGCCGCAGUGGGACUUGGUUUCUGCUUGAGCACUGCGUGCCGUGGGCUGACUUGAAAGAGGUUGAAGCCGUUUUGCCCGGAGGUCAGGUUGCUGAGGUAAUUUCAUUUUUGCACGUGCAGGUUGAGCCCGUGUCAGAGAUAGGUGUGCAGCUCCCUGCAGGCAUGACCGAACCACAAGGUCUGCCAGAGCCAGAUUUUUAUCAUUUUCGAGCAGAGACUGAGCAAGCGCCUGUCGGGACAGUUGAGCAUGAUCGUGUGGUGCCCGAUGAUGAGGCUAUGCAAGGCCUAGAGGAUGCAGCUGGACAACCGAGCCCAGCGCCAAUGCCACUGCCCGACCAGUUGGAAGCUGGAGAGCCAACCGACAAUGUCGAGCCGCUGAGCCUUGAUGGUGUGCUCAUUGCGCAUGACUCCAGCCUAGCUGUUCUGAAAACUGCGGCAGCCAAGCUGAACCUUAGUACGGCUGGCUCCAAGUCCCGCCUCUUCAGCCGUGUCAAGGGAUAUCUUGAGAAGCAGCGUUUGGCCUUAGAGUUGGAGCUUGCUGCCGAUGCUCAGUCCUCAGGUGAGAGGCAACCCAGGGUUCAACCGGUCGCAGCCGCGCCCACCGAGGCAGAACGAUUCCUUCAUGAGUGCACCCACGUGCCUUUCAAGCCAUGGUGCCCACACUGCAUCAGCAUGCGAGCAAUGCCCGAUCGGAGUGAGUACUUGAAGGAGGGCCCCCGCGACAACCCAAUUAUUCAAUUUGAUUUUUCAUUUUCAGGGUACAGUGUGCCAGACGGCAUUUGCAACCUCGAUGCAGCUCCUGAGGACUCCCAGCGUGCACUUAAGUGCCUUGUGGCACAUGACAGCGCUACUGGCAUGAUCGCAGCGAUUCCAUGUGAGUCCAAAGGCGACACAAGGUACCUAGGCAUCGAGCUUAUGAGGUUCAUCCAAAGCCUCGGUCACACCACCGUGACCCUGAAGUGCGACAACGAGCCCUCCACUCUGACUCUGCAGCGAGCUAUCGUCACGGCUCGGCAACGGCUCGGGUUGCAGACGCUUGUUCAGAAUCCUGCCAUAGGUGCCAAAGGUUCCCUAGGCUUUUGUGAGAAGGCCAUUGACUCGGUGCGGAAGCUUGCAAACACUUUGCUUGAUCAGGCUCGUCACCGCACCGGCCUUCCCCUGCCUACAACGCAUGUUCUGUUUGCCUGGGCUUUUGUGCACAGUGCGUGGCUGCUCAACAGAUACAGAGUGAUUGGCAACAUGACAGCCUAUGAAAGGGCCUGUGGGGCUAAGUACAGUGGGCGAAUUGCGCCGUUCGCCGAACCGGUUUACUGCCAGCUUGAUGUUAAGCAGAAAGGCGACAAGCGGUGGAUGCUUGGAAUCCUGGUGAGCAAAUCCUCGCUCAACGACAUGUACAUCAUUGCUGGCAAGGACGGAAUACGACUGUCACGAUCCAUCCGCCGUGUGGGUCAACCUUGGGAGCUUGAAGUGCAGCUCUAUCGUGAGCUGAAGGGCUACCCUUGGGAUUAUGGAAGUGGUGUUAUAGGCACCAAGUUUGUGGCAAUGCCGAAGCAACGGCCAGCGGCUGUGGAUCCAGUGCGGGAUGUUGCACCGCCAAGGUCCCCUGAUGAGGCUGCGAGCGAGCCUCCAACACCUGCAGUUGAGGCACUUGGGAUGCCGGUUACGCCGUUGGGCGGGGCCGGAGCAAUGGCGCCACCGAGGCGCAAUGUGCCUCCUCCUGAGAGUGCUCGAGCAAUUCCAGAUGAGAGCAUGGCUGGUGUUGAAGCUGAGCCUCCGGGGCCCAAUCCUGCAAUGAGGCCCGAUCCACCUAGCACGCCUGAAGCAGAACUGCCACCGUUGAAGAAGCUGCGCAUUCGUGCUGUGACUUUUGGUGAGCAGUCCUAUGAAGUGAACGAUGAAGGCGAGUUUGAUUUGGACCAGCCCGACGGCUGGGAAGUGCAGACCAAGCUGUGGUCCAUGGAGUCCGAGACGGACGACAGUUUCAUGAAUGAGGUGAAGGCCAAUCCCGAAGCGGAAGUGGCCGAAGAUGAUGACAGACUGUGGUUUCCCGACAAUGGAAGGGAGCCAGAGCUCGAUGAUGCCAUUUUGGCCGAGCUUGACAACCUUGCUGAUCAAGUUGAGGUCAGCAGACUGCUGAAGAAAUCUGUGCUAAGACAUGCCACGGGUGAUGAUGAUCUGGGUUCGAUGAAGAGCCUCACUACAAAGUUUGUUCGAACGUGGCGGCACAAGAAGCGGAAUGGGGUUCCUUCAUGGUACCGCCGAUCCAGACUGUGUGCUCGGGAGUUUCGGUGGUUGGAUGAGUCCAAAGAAGGGUUGUUUAGCCCUGCUACAAGCACGGACAUUGUGCGCCUCAUCCCGGCGCAGUGGCUGAAUUGGAAGCAAUCGCGGCCAUCCGAGCAGUAUGCCAUUUUGGCGCUCGACGUGAAAGAUGCAUACCUUGAGGUUCCCCAGCCGACGCCAGUGGUUUCCAAAGUGCAAGGUCAAGACCUCGUGUUCAUGCGAAUGGUUCCGGGGCAACGUGAAGGAUCACAACAGUGGUUCUCACACUUCUGCGAGUAUCUCGGAGAGCACUUCGUGAUUGAAAAGUGCAAGGAGUGCCCUGCGGUAGUGCAUGUCAGCAGCAAGCCAGGAUCUGAUGGAGUUUGUGCAGACAAGGGUCCGGGCAUGAUCCAUGUUGAUGAUUCCUUACUUCUUUUGCCGCUCCAGUGGGCCCGCGAGUGCUUUCUUCCAGUGAUUGAACAGCGAUUUCAGAUCACGUAUGAGCUUGCAUAUGAGGUGGGUCACUCUUUCAGUUUCCUCAAGCGUGAGCAUACGAUUACAGAACAGGGUAUUGUGAUUCGGCAACCCUCUUCCUACAUUGAGCAGAUGAAGCAGACCAUGAAUGUCACGCAAAACAACCGACAACGGGUUCCAUGUUGGAGUGAACUUCGUGCUAAGGACACCACCCGUGAGCUCAACCACACCGAUGCAAGCAAGUUUCGACAAGCAGUGGGAACAGCCUUAUACAUAUCUUGCGACCGGCCCGAUGUGGGCUAUGCUGUGCGCAUGCUUGCAAGCUACAUGGCGAGGCCGACUGAGCAUGCAAAGGUUGGUUUGAUCAAGCUGAUCCAGUACCUUAUCAACACAUGUGAUUAUGGGAUCCUGAUGAAGUUUGCCGCUCCUGGGACAAGGAAACUGAACGGUUAUGUGUAUGAUUCUGGUUGUGCAGAUGACGCUGAGCGUAAUGUACUGGAGGUGUUUUCGGAUGCCGACUGGUCAGGGUCGAAGAAGGAUCGUCGAUCAUAUGGUGGAGCGAGUUUCUGUGUGAACGGACAAUAUGUCCACUACAUCUGUAGAUCUCAGAAGUGCAUCAGUUUGAGUUCGAUGGAAAGCGAGUACUACAGUGCUGUGGGAAGCGCGUGCCAGGGGCUGUUCAUGAAGGCUGUGAUCGAGUUUAUGAGCCGGAGCCCCUGCGACCUGAUCCUGUAUGUUGACAACCAAUCGUGCAAGGCCUUCUGUUUGCGUCAGGGAGUUACAAAAGCCAGCAAGCAUUUCGAGGGCCGGCUAUUGUGGUUGCAGGACAUUGUUCAGCAGAAGCGGCUGGUGAUGAAAUACAUCUCGACCCACUUCAAUUUAGGAGACCUGCACACCAAGCCACUUUCCCCAAGCCGAUUGCGAACUCUACUGUUUCUUCAUGACUUUGUGGACUACCACUCAAGGCCAAUCGGGGAGAAUGAGUGGGAGCACACGUGCACUGCGGCGACGAUCCGAGCUCAGGUCAAGCGUGUUCGUACAGUGGCAGGCAAUGACAUGUCGAACACGUGGGUUAAGCGAGUGGCAAUGCUUUUGCUUAUGAUGCCGAUUCCUGCGGAAGCGAGUGCAGUGACAAGUGUCAACAUGAGUGCAUGCUUCUUCCUUGCAGUGCUUGUUUCGAUGUACAUGACAGUGUAUGCAAUGGAGAGCGCGGCAGAGCAUGGUGCCAAUGGUGGUGAUGAAGGAUGGCUGUAUAUUGCAGCGCCCGGCGGGCCGUGGUACCGUCGUGGGGCAAUGUAUGCCGCUUGUGUUAUGAUGGCGACAAUUGCUUGGAGCCUUGGGUCAAUUUCGGCCGGUUUCUUUCGUGAUGUGGAGAUUGUCCGAGAACUUGGAGCUUUGUGUUCGGCUCUAUGGGAUGAGCAGAAGGACGAUAAGAGAGCGCUUCACGAGCUGAAGCGCGAGAAUCGUUCAUUGCGGGACGAGAACGCGAUGAUACAACUUGAGUUCUAUGAAAUGCCUCACGGAACACAUCGGCCUGUGCCGCACAUCUUCGGAAGUGGUGUCGCGGGGGCCAGCAACGAUGAGCGAAAGCUUGCAAUGUUAAACCUGCUGACGCCCAUGGGCGAAUCAGUCACAUUCAAGAAGAUGCUGAAGCGGCAGGCUGUCGAGGCAGAGGAGCAAGAGGCAAAGGAUCGUGUCAACGCCGGCGAAUCGUUCGAGUCAUGCAAGGAUCCAACAGAAAAGCCAGAGCCAGGUGCACCCACAAAGCAGCGAAGGCUUUCAGCUACCGGUGCCAUGGAUGUCGAUGCUGCAGUGCGAACGAUGCAGGAAAACAAACGAGACAGGCAGGACAAAAAGGCACAGAAGCAGCUGAAGAAAACCUUGAAGAAAAGGAAAGCCGGUGAUGAUGUGGAGGAGGCAGUGAAACAGGCCACAGACGUGGACAUGCAGGAUAUGGACAAUUAUAGUGCAGGUGCAGGAUCUUUGGCGGCCCCGGUUGGGGUGGUGACAGGCAAAGAUGGGCUCAAGACCCGCGGUGGCAGCGAAGCGACUGCCUUCACCACGCGGCUAAAGGCCACAGGUUCGGGCAGCGAGGAGCGAGAGAAGUGUGCCCUGGACGAUUUCCUUUCAGCCCUCGCGUUCGCAAGGACCAAUCUACCAUACACGGUUUCCGACAAGGAGUUCACAAGCACCAAGGAGUUCCUGGUGUCACUCUUCUUGGAACUGUGCUGGACAACUUCGGUGGCAGUCAAUGGAAAAGCGUUCAAGGUCUAUUCGAAGUUCAGGCAGGAAUGCGAAAGACUGGUGUAUGCUUCACACCAAGAAAAAAUCAAUUUUGGAGAAAAGCAAUUCAAUCCAUUGGCGCUUGCCUCGAACCUGCUCGAGCUUUGCAAAGCACCCGUCAGGGGCUUACUUCCUGAACUGUUAGUUCUUGCGCUGACUUGGUCCACAAACCGUGUUGUGAUGCGCAUCUAA